AGAAUUGCACUUCAGAGUUUACGACUUAGUAGUUGAACUCUUAUAAUACGACGGUAAAAAUUUGUAAUUGAGAAAGAUGCAAGAAAUGAUAACGAAUAUACACACACGAUGAAGCUAUAAAUCAGUGCUGCUGUAAGCAGUCGUGAAAGUAUUGCCCUUACUACUUAGGUAGAUACCUUUCCAAGAAGAAGAGCAGCAACGGGAAUAACCACAAUGAUAUCGGGGGUUAAUCUAGCAUAUCUUGCAUCCGGUGCAGCGGCACUGGGGCUAAUCUAUACUCUCGGAAUCGUAAUAUAUCGUUUAUUCUUCCAUCCAUUAGCCAAAUAUCCUGGUCCGUUCCUAGCAAAGAUCACAGACGUCUACCAGCUAUAUCAUGCUUGGAAAGGAGACCGACAUCUGGAGUUUUGGCGAUUGCACGAGAAGUAUGGCAAGGUCGUCCGAUUUGGUCCCAACAGUGUCUGCUUUAACUCAAACACUGCCUUGAAGGACAUAUACGGGUUUAAAUCCAACGUUCGGAAGGCCGAAUUUUACGAUGCCUUCGUCCAUCCGGCACCUAAUACACACAAUACGAGGGAUAAAACCGUACAUGCUCGGAAGAGGAGAGUCCUAUCCCAAGGAUUCUCAGAUUCGGCAGUUAGGGAGAUGGAGAAGUAUAUUCUAGCUAAUGUGCGAUCCUUCUGCGAGCAGAUCGGACUUGGUGCCAGUGACGAGAAAAAGGGAUGGACGGUUGCGAAGAAUAUGGCUAACUGGUGUAACUACCUUGCCAUGGAUAUUCUCGGAGACUUGUGCUUCGGUAAGGCUUUUCAUAUGUUGGAACGGCCUGACAACCGAUACGCGCUUGAGCUCGUAUCACUUGCUACUACUAGACACCUAGUCUGCGGAACCAUGUCUCUCGUUGGGAAGCUUCACCUCGACAAAGUGUUAUUCCAUAGAAUUGCCACAGGCCGAGAGAAGUACAUGGCGUACAGUAAGGCCCAACUUACGGAACGUACCAAGCUUGGCGACGAUACGGACCGUCGCGACUUCUUCUACCAUCUGCUCAAGGCAAGAGAUCCCGAAACCGGAAUCGGAUUCUCGACACCGGAGUUAUGGGGAGAAUCAAAUCUACUUAUCAUAGCAGGAAGUGACACGACGUCAACGGCGAUGGCGGCGACUCUGUUUUACCUCGUUCGCAACCAUGCUUCGCUACAAAAGGCAAGCGACGAAGUCCGGGCGAAAUUUAACGACGUGGAAGAGAUCUGCCAAGGCCCAGCACUUAACUCUUGUCACUACCUCCGUGCAUGCAUUGAUGAAGCGAUGCGCAUGUCUCCCUCUGUGGGCGGGAUCUUGCCUCGUGAAGUUCUCAAAGGCGGUAUGACGAUCGAUGGCGAGUUUAUUCCCGAAGGAAUUGUUGUUGGUACUCCCCAUUAUACCGUUCAGCAUAAUUCGGCGUACUAUCCUCAACCAUUCUCAUACAUCCCCGAGCGCUGGAUUGCGGGUUCAUAUAAGAGCUUCGGUGGUUAUGAUGGAAACGUCGUAACCGAACAAGAUGUGACGCUGGCGCAAAGUGCUUUCUGCCCCUUCUCCAUCGGACCUCGAGGAUGUAUCGGGAAGGGUUUGGCGUAUAUUGAAAUGAUGACGACGUUGGCUAGAAUGUUGUAUCUGUAUGACUUGCGCAAGUCGGCUGGUUUUGACCCCGCCGAGGGUAAUCCGGAUCUUGAAUGGGGUCGGAGACGUGUGGACGAAUUCCAACUCAUCGAUCAAUUCACAAGCUUAAAAGAUGGACCGAUGGUUGAGUUUAGGAAGCGUGCCUAGGUAGAUACCUAGGUAGUUGAUGCUCCUAGAUAGGAAGACUAAGGUGCUAAGGUGUAGUUGAUAUAGGCAGUACCUGGCUGUGAUAGGUGCAAUUUCUUGCACCUAUUUCGUCGACGUCUACAGGUCUUGAGAGGCGGCAAUACGUAAUUCGAUUAUAUUUAGAACUUGAUAUACUUGGUAUGAGGGAUCGGAUCCUUAGGGUCAUCCUUUCAUUCGCUCUCUUACAGCGAGGAACGCUAGUUAGCAGGUUAGGUGGUUAGUAGGUACCUACUUUUUCUCCAGAGUCCAGAAAAUUAAUUCGGUACUUGGAUAUAUGACGAUUGGUUGUGCUGGGGUAAGAUGGGUCGAAUCGGUUCUAGCCCAGAUCAUGAUUUCCACUUCUGGAAACCGUACAUAACAGUACGAUUACUGGCUGAGAGUAUGAAUGUGGGGAUGAUAUGCCGGCUAUCUGGAUGAAGGCGACGGGAUUAUUCGUAUUUUCUCCAUCGUCUCCGGUCUUAGCAUUGACAGGACUAGACAAGACUAGAC